AUGGCAGGAGCUCAGGUGGGGCUCGAAGGACCCUUCCCAGAGCCCCCGGUUGGGCCAUGCCCCGUCUCCGACUCCGACUCGGACUCCGAGGACGCAGCUGUGGCUGGCGCAGGGCCCGGGACCGGGGGGGAGGGCCCCACCCCCGUUUUUUCCAUGGUGUCGUCCCCACACAGCGACUCGCUGCCCCGCCGGCGCCACCACCGCACCGAGCCCGAACCGGCUGAUCCCCGGAGCAUCGACCCGACCCUCACCCGGCUUUUUGAGUGCAUGAGCCUGGAGUACAGUGGGAAGCUGGUGUCUCCAAAGUGGAAGAAUUUCAAGGGGCUGCGGCUGCUUUGCCGGGAUAAAAUCCGUCUCAACAACGCUAUCUGGAGAGCGUGGUACAUCCAGUAUGUGGGGCGGAGGAAGAACCCUGUGUGUGGCUUCAUCACUCCUCUGGAGGGAUCGGAGGCUGAUGAGCACCGAAAACCAGAGGCUGUCGUGCUGGAGGGCAACUACUGGAAACGCCGCAUCGAGGUGGUGAUGAGGGAGUACCACAAGUGGAGGAUCUACUACAAGAAGCGGCUCCGAAAGUCCACCCGGGAGGGAGAGGUCUCCAGCCCAAAGCAGGAUGAGGAUAUCUGGAGGCCAACGGAGAAAUGGUGCAACCAGCUCUUCUGCAACGUGGUGCCCAUGCUGCUUGGGGAUGAGGAAGAGGAGCCGGGGGGUAGGCAGCACUUCGACUUGGACACCUUCCUCUCAGACAUCUCUGACACCCUCUUCACCAUGACACAGACACCCAGUGCCCACCAGGCACUCCCUGAGGAUGCGUACGUUGGGAAUGCUGACAUGAUACAGCCGGACUUGGCACCUCUGCAGCCCAGCCUGGAUGAUAUGGAGAUCUCAGAUAUCUUCACCGGCCACCGGCCACCACGGGCAGGGAAGGGGCUGCAGCAACGCCAGUGCUGGGGGCUGGCUGUCCGGUGGGGCAGGAAGGGUCGCCCGAGCCCCGACACCCUCACACAGCAGCACCCUUCUGCUCCCUGCCUUCUUGCAGCCAAGCAGGAGCCGGCCCUGGAUGCCCCACGCCUGAUGGGCGCAGGACUCAUGCCCGCGUCCCCUGUCUCCCCGCAGAGUGCUGUCCCCGACAUCCCUGACGCCUUCCUCUCCAGAAUGGCCCAGCUGAGCCCAGGACUGGCUCCUGGCUCCAGCCCUUCCCAAGCAGUGCCGGUGCCGCUGGCGGGCACCCAGCCGGGCCCACUGCUGGUCCCCAAGGCAGAACGGCUGUCCCCCACGUCGGCUUGCGAAACCAGAGCGGUGGCUGGAAACCAGGCUGUGGUGUCGUUCCCAGUUUCAGUCAGCAAGGCCACCACUUUGCAGAAGACAGCCGAGUACAUCUGCAAGCUGCAGCAGGAGCGGGCGGCCCUGCAGGAUGAGGCGCAGCGGCUGCGGGAGCAGAUCGAGGAGCUCAAUGGCUCCAUCAACCUGUGCCAGGAGCAGCUGCCGGCCACGGGGGUGCCCAUCACACGCCAGCGCUUCGACCAGAUGCGCAGCAUGUUCGACGAGUACGUCCGCUCCUCCACGCUGCAGAACUGGAAGUUCUGGAUAGUAUCCUUUGGGGCCAGUGCCUGCUGCUUGCUCUGACUCCUCCACCAAACACCAGGCCCCCUGGUUCACCCGCUGUCCCAGGUCUGGGGGUGUCCCUCCACCUCGAGAGGCUCUGGGGACCACGGGGAGAUGUUUCCCAGAAGCUUCUGUUACAAGGGAGCAAACAGAGUAGGAGUAAAUGGUCAGUCCUCGGGGAGAAGGAAAGUCACCAGCAGAGCUGAGCUCAUGCGGGGAAGAGCUCCUGGUGGCAUGGGAACUGGCUCUGAGAAGCAGCAGCCAUCAACUAGAGAUUAG